UUAUAAUUUUGUAAAAUAUUAUACAUCAUAUGUUAUAUGGAAGAGCUAGGUCAGGACCAUUAUCAAACUUCCGUCUUAUAAUAGCAAGAAGACCACAGUCUGUUAUCAAACCGAAGAUGGAAACUUCCAAAGCUAUUGAUAUUGAUAAUACUGAGACAAAAGAUAACACUUUGAAACAUAUGAACGAGAUGAAAAAGGGAUUUACGAUGAAGUCUUUCCUUGACUUAACCAAGUUCCGCUUAUCUCAAUAUAAUACUCUUGCAUCGUAUGCAAUGUAUCUUUACUACGUUCCAUCAUUUAUGGCUUAUGAUUCCCUUGUGUUCCUGACUGCUACCCAAUUAAUCACAAUGUCCUCUCAGGCAUACAAUCAAACAGUUGAGGGAGAUUAUGACAGCAAAAUGAGAAGAACACAAAAUAGGCCUGUUGCUAAAGGGCUCAUUAGUAAACAGACCGGAGGCUUGAUCUCGGCCACCCUCGCUCUGAGUAGUAUGGCUGUAUAUAUGCAAUUAGCAAAUCCUUCCUCUCUUCUGGUAGCAAACUCAAUUUGGAUUGGCUACUGAUUGAUCUAUACACCGAUGAAGAGAUAUUCAGUUCAUAAUACUAUUGUCGGAGCUGUGAUAGGUGCUCUACCUCCAUUUAUAGGUACAUGAGCAGCAGUCGGAAGUCUAUUUACUCCAGAGACGAUGUUGUUGGCUGCCUACAUCUUCUCGUGGCAAUAUCCUCACUUUUAUGGGAUUCUUUAUGAAAACAGGUAUGACUACAAAAAGGCAGGAUAUGAGAUGAUAAGUAAUUCUGACAUAGAUGGAGUGAAGGCUACGAGGCAUAUUAAGUUCUCUGCAAUUCUAGCUCUGACGACUCCCCUAGGAAUGGCAUACACUGGUCUAAUGUCAGCAUACUUUUUGCCUGCUUAUUAUGUUCUCUAUGCUCAAAACUUAAAAGCAGUAAAAGAGUUUAGUGAGAAUUGAAAUGAGCAGAACGCAAAGAAAAUGAAAAUGAAGAGCUACACUCCAUUCUUUGUCCUGCUCGCUGGUAUCUACUCUACUAUAAUCUACAACAAAGUUCGGAAUAAGUCUAAGAAAGCUGAAUUAUCUUCCUAAUUCCUUUAAUGAAUCUGUAAUCACCU